UUCCAUUUCACUCAAGGGUUUGUUUUGGCCUGGCCAACCCAGCUUUCACUUUCGCUUUCGGGCAAAAAGUAAAAGUGCGCAGUGUCCUUUCUUCGGCAGCCCUGGCCUGCCGUACUCCUUCAGCUCCGGGACUCAGUCAGGACUCAGUUGCUGUCGGGAGCGGACGUGCGAAAAUCGGGGAAAAUCGGUCCCCCCAAAAAACAACCAGAACUCAUUCAUCAAACAUAGGCGUCCCAGUUCCACCACCUCUCGAACCCUAUAUCCCCCCGAAAGUCCAAGUACAAGUAAUUUUAAAGUCCAAGUACAAACAAGCAAAGCUAACUAAAAUAGAACGGCACCAGAAACCACCCACCCCCACCACAAACAAACAAACUACCCACCCACCCACCGAACCACCACCACCACCCGAAACGAAACCCACCCAGCAAACAAAAAAGGAAUCACCUUGAAAACGGCAUAGGGUGCCAGUAUAUAGGGAGCCACUGGGCAGGAGGAGCACGGCCGGAAAGUGGGCCACCAAAUCAACAAGUCGUAAAUUAGCCGUGAAUUAGCCCCACACCCGGAAAUCACCACCAGGUGGAGACCCACUCCCGCGGAGUAAAUGGCGCGGCGCAAGGACAAGCCGCGGGUGAUUCCCGAGCAGGAUGCACGCAUCUGUCGAGCCAUCUGCCUGUGCCAGCUGACCAUGGUGCUGUCCUGCGUGUCCAUCGUCUACCUGAGCGUGGCCAUCUACUCGCCCUCCCUGAAAGCCUUCAAAUCGGGCUUCGAACUGGAUCCGGUCAUGUGCCAAACGGUGGACCGCCAGAUGCCCAACAACUGCCCCUGGGCCUCCUGCGGAGAGUGGUGCCUGACCAAGACCAGCGGCUUCUGCCCCCAGAUCCACUCCAUAGUGCGGCGCAAUGGCACCGAUAUACAACUGAACAACUGCACUCGGGUGACCAACACAUCCUGCGCCAUGAUUGACCUGAGUCGCCUGAACAAGUUCAAUUGCAACAACGGCACCGCCUGCAACAACAUCAGGGGCGUCUUCAACUGCUCCAAUGGACACUGCAAGAACAUGUCGGAGUUCUUCCUGUGCCACCACAAAGCAGAUGGGCACACGAUCAAUUCCCAGAAGGACAACACCAAGCUGAAUGGAUUCUUCGAGUGUCAUGGGGUGCACUGCACCAAGAUCAAGAAGCCUUUCAGUUGCGAUCGAUACUGCUCCAAGAUAACGACUACGAAUAUUAACACGCUCAUCAUGCAUGAAGACAACGUCAUCUCCGCCGAUUGCGAGAACGCAGUGGCCUUCAACCAGGCCCGAGGAUCCGAGCACGGAGUCCGCAUCGAACCCUUUGAGUUCUGGAAGGAGGAUGACGGCAACCUGUUGACCAACUGCGCCACAGUCACCCGAGAGUCCGACAAUCGCAUCACUGCCACGGAUUGCCUGAACGGCACCCUCUUGGAGCACGACACCUUGCCGGCCCCCUUCAUGAACUUCACCCAGUUCUGGGCGAUCUAUGACAACAGCACCCGUUCGGUGGAUCCCGAGCAGAAGUACCUGCCCAACCAGGCCAACUUGACCAUCUUCAGCUGGAAGAAACUGUUCAUCAACCUGGAGGGCUGCGUGAACACGCUUCGCGGGGAGUGCAAGGACUUUGUGGCUCGCUAUGGCAACGAUGGCGAUAACAACACCGCCCAGUCACGCUACCAGUGCUACUACAACAAGGACUCAAACGUGGAGUUUGUGGUUGCACGCUACGACUUGGACAAGGUCUACAGGGAGCUGCUCGUAUCGCUGAUAGUGCCUAUUGUGCUCUUCGUGAUUUCCUCUAUAUCGUUGUGUAUCAUCACCAAGUCCGUAAAGGUUGGUGACGAUGCCAAAAUGCGUUGUGUUUGUGCCGGCGACGAUUCGGAUAACGAUGACAAUGGCUUUGGCCCCCGAUUGGCCAACAAGCAGCCGGAUCAGAUGUACGAUACAGACGACGAUGUGGCCGAGCUGGAGCACCAGGCCGCGGGUGGUCACGAGCUAUCGGAACACGCACAUCCGCUGGACAAUCAAGAUAUGAUCGGCAGCACCAAGUCGCUGAUACCACUAAGUCCCGCCGGAGAUUCGGGAGCCAGCGAGCAGAACUACGACCAGGAUGAGGAGAAGGCCACUACCUGCGAUGUGCCCGAGAAGCCACUGGUCAUUCUCUAAGCGGCUUGUCACAUCGAAAAACAUAGGAUUCCAAGUAGGACGACUACUGGAAGACCAUUAGGAACAGCACCAAACUUUAAGGACCUGUGCAUUGUACAAGGGGAACUGAAUUUAAAUUCUACUCAGCGCAUUUAUACAACGUUUACACCAACUAACAGAGAAACGGAACGGGUCUUUACUCUUCUUGGUUGAAUAAGGAUAAUCCCACAUAUAUACUGGAUGUAUAGCACCCAGAAAGAAAAAACAACGAGGAGGUGGCCGAGCUUUAUUUACCCAAAUCCCCAGUCUACAGUUGCAGCAGAUGCGCCUUAGACAAAGUUGCAUUUAUAUAGAGUUUGUAGCAUAAACCAACUGACGUCUGCUGAACCAAGAGGAACGGAAAAACACCAGGACAGACCAAGGAAUCAGCCUGGUCCACACCUAUAGGACUCAGGCAUCCGACUCGCCUUAACUCUCGACUUUGUAGCUAUGCAAUAUUCAACCUUUUUCUUAAACUAGUUAAAGCGGAGGAGCAACAGUACCUACUUAUAUCUGAUAUACUUAUAAUCGUAUUAUAGCAAAUAAAACACCAUUUGGAAUUCUCUCUGAAA